AAAAGGACUGUGUCCCUUUAAACGGCAGGCGUGGCUUUUCUCCUCUCCCCCCGCCUUUUAUGCAAAUCCCCGUCUUUCUCUCCCGCAUCAUAUAGUGCAGUAGUCCGGUUGUCAAGUGUCUAUUGUGAAAUCUAUCUAAGUUACUGGAUGUGGAAAGUAGACCUACGAGUUACUUUUCCCAGUUUGAGCGUUCAAGUGGUAAACAACAGCUAUUUAUUGAGAGUAAUUUACCGCAAGAAGCUUCAGCGUCGCUGUGUUGGUUACUACGCAUUAUAGGAAUUCAUUAAGAAGACGCCCGUUCAAUUUCACCAACGCUAAAAGGAUUAUUCAAAUAUUUAACAAAGAUAAAAAAAUAUAUAUAUAUAUAUAUUUUUUUUUUUCUCCAUCCCCGGACGGAAGUGUGUUCUGUUUCUUUACUCUCGCCCAUUACUAGAAGACAUACAUCGCAGUGUUUCAGAAGUUUGGGUUUGUGAACACGCCUGUUGUUAUUUAAUUAAUAAUUAUGUUAGAUUUAGGCUCUACCAGUGGAUUGCUAUUUAUUUGCUCUCCUGCCUCUCAGUGCUAUGUGAGAUAACGGUUUGUUUUGGUUACCGUAAAACGUUGAGUGUUGCUCUAAAGACUCAACACUUUUUUUUUAUUGAGACAUCUUGGGAAUUGUUGUUUUGGCAUCCAUUUAAACGGCAUUUUAUUAGCCACGUAACCCUAAAGAAACAUACAGGACGUUUGGUUUGGUUUUGGUUUUUAGCCGACAAACAGAGGGUUGCUGACCUGUAGCUCUAUUUCCCCGGUGCAGUUGGACUGUUUUAUUAUGUAAUGCAACUAUGUUGCGAAACUUGUUGUUAUGUAGUUUUAUCAUAACAGACUAUUGUGUUUAUCAUAGCAGUCCAACGUGCUAGGCUGAUUCCAAGUACCCUCUCUCUGUUCCAAGGUAGACUAGAGAUAACGGAGAUCAGUUCACAGAGUGCGCUUCCUCAACCACGCCUGCCCUGACCUCUAGAUGCCGGGAAUAAACUCCACCGCCUCUUCUCGCUAUGAGUCCGGCUGGGAGAUGGAGUACGAUCACUACCAACAUUAUUUCUACGACGACCACGAUCCGGACGAGGAUUUCUCUAAAUCCACUGCGCCCAGCGAGGACAUAUGGAAGAAAUUCGAACUAGUACCAACCCCGCCCAUGUCUCCUAUCCGGACUUUGGAGGGGGCCGCCGGGGUCGGGAUGGUCUACCCUUCGCUGGGGGACAAACUCGAGUGGGUGUCUCAGUUUUUGGGUCAAGAGGACGACCAGGAUGUGCCGUGUAAACUCAGCUCCGCCGACGAGGCUUUGGGGAACCUGAGCUCCAUUAUCGUACAGGACUGCAUGUGGAGUAGCUUUUCGGCGGGCAAGCAGCUGGAGAAAGUUGUCGGGGAGCGGCUUGCCUCCUGUCAGGUGUCGGUGCCGACUAAACUGCCCGUGCAGGCGUUGGGAGCUGCCAUCAGCACCGCCGGGAGGGCGCAGUGCGUGACGGUACCAGUGGACGCGGCUGUUCCAGUUCUCGGUAGCCCGGCGACGGAUUGUGUGGACCCGGCUGCUGUUCUCGCCUUCCCGCUAACCGGGGGAACGUUUAAGAAACCGUCGGUGUCCUCCGGUUCAGAGACCCACACAGACUCAUCAGAUGAUGAAUCUAGUGGCCAUGACCAUGAUGAUGAUGACGACGAAGAAGAGAUUGAUGUGGUGACGGUGGAACACAAGCAGUACAAGUCCCGACGGCUGGUCAACGGCAGAGUUACCGGGGGACGCGGCGGCGGGUUAAACAGGCGGACGCCGGUGACAAUCACGGUCCGGGCGGAUCCUCUGGACCCGUGUAUGAAACGCUUCCACAUCUCUAUCCACCAACAGCACCACAACUACGCAGCGCCCUCCCCCGACACACACACAGCCCCCGACCUCCCGAGAAAGAGGGUCCGACACGAGCCCUCAAACCCUUCUCAUAUCUUCUCUAACACCCAGCCACCCCUGCACCCCGCCUCCACAUCCAAUCAGAACUCUGAGAGCAAACCACAUGUCGCUGUAGCAACCGUUGGGUCGGAAUCAUCUGACGCCAACACACCCUCGCCCUGUGGAUCCCCAUCUGCCUCUCCCCGAUUAUCCUCCUCCCACCCCUGCAGCCCCCAGUCCUCCGACUAUGAGGACACAGACAAACGCAAGACGCAUAACUUCCUGGAACGGAAACGGCGCAAUGACCUGCGCUCUCGUUUCCUGACACUGCGGGAUGAGAUCCCCGGCUUGGCAGAGUGUUCAAAGACGCCCAAGGUGGCCAUCCUGACACGCGCCACUGAGUACCUGGGACAGCUGCAUUCCAGCGAGCGCCAGCGGGCGCAGGAGAAACGGCAGCUGAAGGCCAGGCAGCAGCAGCUGCUCCGUAGGCUGGCGCAGCUCAAACAACGCCCCUGAACUCACUGACUGGCAGGCUGGCACAGCUCAAACAACGCCCCUGAACUCACUGACUGGCAGGCUGGCACAGCUCAAACAACGCCCCUGAACUCACUGACUGCCUGAAUGACUGGCGACCUCUAGUCGACGGAACCUACUCUUCACCAGGACUGACUGAAAACCAACUCACUGACAGACUGUUAGUGGGUAGCAUGGAGAGAAGCCUUUGGGAUGGAUCUGAACCCUAUAUUAUUAAACCAGGACUGAGUCAAAACCAGGGAUGGAUCUGAACCCUAUAUUAUUAAACCAGGACUGAGUCAAAACCAGGGAUGGAUCUGAACCCUAUAUUAUUAAACCAGGACUGAGUCAAAACCAGGGAUGGAUCUGAACCCUAUAUUAUUAAACCAGGACUGAGUCAAAACCAGGGAUGGAUCUGAACCCUAUAUUAUUAAACCAGGACUGAGUCAAAACCAGGGAUGGAUCUGAACCCUAUAUUAUUAAACCAGGACUGAGUCAAAACCAGGGAUGGAUCUGAACUCUAUAUUAUAAACCAGGACUGAGUCAAAACCAGGGAUGGAUCUGAACCCUAUAUUAUUAAACCAGGACUGAGUCAUAACCAGGGAUGGAUCUGAACCCUAUAUUAUUAAACCAGGACUGAGUCAAAACCAGGGAUGGAUCUGAACCCUAUAUUAUUAAACCAGGACUGAGUCAAAACCAGGGAUGGAUCUGAAUCCUAUAUUAUUAAACCAGGACUGAGUCAAAACCAGGGAUGGAUCUGAACCCUAUAUUAUUAAACUAGGACUGAGUCAAAACCAGGGAUGGAUCUGAACCCUAUAUUAUUAAACCGGGACUGAGUCAAAAACAGGGAUGGAUCUGAACCCUAUAUUAUUAAACCGGGACUGAGUCAAAAACAGGGAUGGAUCUGAACCCUAUAUUAUUAAACCAGGACUGAGUCAAAACCAGGGAUGGAUCUGAACCCUAUAUUAUUAAACCAACUCUUGAGUCAAAACCAGGGAUGGAUCUGAACUCUAUAUUAUUAAACCAGGACUGAGUCAAAACCAGGGAUGGAUCUGAACUCUAUAUUAUUAAACCAGGAAUGAUUUAAAAUCAGGGAUGGAUUGAGGUUGACCCUAUAAUAUUUGCAAACUGUGCAUCUAUUGUAUGUCCUGUUAUUGUCUGUAAGGUUCUAUGAUGUCAUGAGUGAAUCCAUUGAUUGUGAACUAUGUCCAGAUCAGCAUGGCAAUGUACAUAGACUGUCACGUGUGUAUCUCUCUUUCUCUUUCUGUGUGUAUGUCUCUGUCUCUCUCUCUCUCUCUCUCUCUCUCUCUCUCUCUGUGUGUCUUUCUCUCUCUCUCUGUGUGUGUCUCUCUCUCUCUCUCUGUGUGUGUCUCUCUCUGUGUGUGUGUGUGUCUCUCUCUCUCUCUGUGUGUCUCUCUCUCUUUCUCUCUCUCCCUCUCUCUGUGUGUCUCUCUCUCUCUCUCUCUCUCUCUCUCUCUCUCUCUCUCUCUCUCCCUCUCUGUGCGUGUCUCUCUGUCUCUCCCUCUCUGUGCGUGUGGUACUAGUAUCCUUCUGUAAUGAAACAACACCAGAGGUUUCAGAUCUCUUCCUAUUGUCUUUCCUGUGUGCCCUGAAACUGGGUUAGCUCAAAGAUCUCUCAAAAUGCUUCUAUUUUUGUUAAUAAAGAGGAUAAAUAAAUAAAAACAUUUAAAUAAAAAUAAUAACACUAUUGAAACUUUACUUUGAUCACAUUAGUGACACUGUUUUCAAUGCCUAUCUUUACAGUUUUUGUUUGUUUUGUUGUCAGAGUUGCGAGGGGGGGGGAAGCAAAAGUUUUGUACUAUAUUUUCCUACAGAGUUGCUUUUUGGUGUGAGCUGAAGACUGUUUUAUAAUUGUAUUAUUUAGAUGUAUGGUUGUUAUGUCCUGCCGUUCUCCUCUCUCUCUUCUCUCUCUUCUCUCUCUUCUGUCUUCUCUUCGUCUCUUCGUCUCUUCGUCUCUCUCUCUCUCUCUCUCUCUCUCUAUAAAAUCACUUGCAGACUGCUCCUCUGUUCAAUCCAAUCACAUGUCUAGCUUUCACUCUCUAAAAUCUCACAUUAAGCACAUUAGUGCUUAAAUGCCUUGACUGGUCCGUGGCCUCAAGUGAACCCACCAUCUCAGCCCUAUCCCACCAGCUAGUUAGAAAGGCUGGGGGUGAUUUAGUUCAAGCCAUAGCAACAGAGUUGCUCUGAAACUAGGAUUGUGUUCCAAAUUGCUCACUCUUCUUUAUAUAGUGCACUAAUUCUGACCAGAGCCCUAUGGCACCCUAUUCCCUAUUGAGUGCACUACAUUAGACCAGUACUUUAUGGGCCCUAUUCCCUAUAUAGUGCACUACUUUUAACCAGGUCCCUAUGGCACCCUAUUCCCUAUAUAGUGCACUUUUUAUAUUGUAUUUUUUUGGUUGUUGCAAGAACCCUAUGGGUCCUGGUCAAAAUAAGUUCACUAUGUAGGGAAUAGAGUGCUAUUUGGGACAGGCCCUAGUCCUGUACUGUAACGGACUUGACGGUGUCUUAAUAUAGCCUACUCAGUGGGCUGUCAUCAUCCUUAACCAGUGAGAGAUCUCAGGACACCUCAGUAGAGAUCUCAGGACACCUCGGUAGAGAUCUCAGGACACCUCAGUAGAGAUCUCAGGACACCUCGGUAGAGAUCUCAGGACACCUCGGUAGAGAUCUCAGGACACCUCGGUAGAGAUCUCAGGACACCUCAGUGAGAGAUCUCAGGACACCUCGGUAGAGAUCUCAGGACACCUCGGUAGAGAUCUCAGGACACCUCGGUAGAGAUCUCAGGACACCUCAGUGAGAGAUCUCAGGACACCUCAGUGAGAGAUCUCAGGACACCUCGGUAGAAGUGCUCAUCGUUAUUGUUAUUUUAUUGUGUAUGCUUUUUUUUUCUUACUUUAAACAACAAAUUCUGUAUUGUUUGUUAAGGGCUUGUAAGUAAGCAUUUCACGGUAAAGUCUAUACCUGAUUAUAUUCGGCACAUGUGACAAAUAAAAUUUGAUUUGAUCCGU